AGCACCACCCGGGAGGAACGUAAACGAAAAAGACAUGUAUGGAGAGACAGCUCUGCAUAGAGCUGCUUUUGCUGGCAAAGUGAAGGAAGCUGAAGACCUCAUCACUGAAGGAGCCGACCCUAAUAUUGGAAAUAAUUUUAAUGAGACAGCUCUGCAUUAUGCUGCUAAGAAAGGUCACAAGAGUGUCGCCGAACUUCUCAUCCGCAAAGGAGCCAAUCUUGAUAGUGAAACUAAUACGAAAGAGACACCUCUUCAUUGUGCUGCUGCCCAUGGUCACGGAGGUGUCGCUGAUGUGCUUCUCAAGAAUGGAGCUAACGCUAAUAUUGGAAAUGAUUUGAAUACCACAGCUCUUCAUUUAGCUGCUGACUAUGGUCACAAGAGUGUCGCCGAACUUCUCAUCCACAAAGGAGCCAAUGUUCAUAGUGAAACUAAUACGAAAGAGACACCUCUUCAUUUGAAACCAUUGAUUUGA